AUUGUACAUAUAUAUGGUUUAGACGUAAUUAUAGGCUAUUGCAUGUGUUGAUUACAUAGGAGCCACAAACUGGGGCCACUAGUUCGUUUGUAUGUGCGAAAUGCAUUACAUCUGUCUAACGGUCUCCGAAGGCAACAGGUGCGUUUGGGGGCGUAUCAGAAAAACGGAAGCUGUUAUGCAGCCCUGGGUAACGGCUGUAGACGAAAAUCUAUCCCCAGGUCUCCGUACUUCUCUCUGCUCGUCGAUAAUGUUGCUCAGGUGCUGAAAGGUUCAACCAGGAAGAAAGAAAUGGACGAGAUAAAAACCGAGCCUCUGGAUUUUGUGAAGGAAUUUCAAGAAUACCUGACACAACAAACCCAGCAUGUCAAUAUGAUCUCAGGCUCUGUUUGUGGCGAAAAGGAGUCAACGGAGCCGUUUCAAGCCGCUGCCCCCAGGAAUGAGCAGAAUGGUCUGGACCCUCCGGCUGUGGAAGUGAGCCUGUCAAUGGAGGAUGGGCCAGAUGUGCAGAUGGAUGGCCUGGAGAGGACCUGCGAUGGGAAGUACAAGUGCAGCUACUGCAGUUAUGCUAACAAGGGCAUGGCUCGCUUAAUUGAGCACAUCCGCAUCCACACAGGAGAAAAACCUCACCGCUGUCAACUGUGCCCAUUUGCGUCUGCGUACGAACGCCACUUGGAAGCCCACAUGCGUUCGCACACAGGAGAGAAGCCAUACAAGUGUGACCUCUGUGCUUUCCGCUGUAGCGACCGCAGCAACCUGUCCCACCAUCGUCGCCGCCGCCACAAACUUCUGCCCACAAGGGUCAUCCGCUCUCCUUUCACCAACAAGAGAAUGUUGAGCACCCUGCAGAAAAGAACUGGGUCACUUGGCUUUAGCAGGCGACUACUCAUAAACUUCAACCCUCCUUCCAUGGUGAUGCCAAAGUCAGAUUAUCUGAAUGACUUCUCUCACAAAAUCCACCACCAUUUGAACAGCAGUGAGUAUAGGAACCUUCCCAAGGUGGAUGAAAACAGUCGCAACAGGGGCGCUAAUGGUUUGGCCUUUAAUAACCCACUGGACCGACUGUCCACAUUUGCUGGCCAGUUGGCCAGCCUUCACCCUGAGUCUCAGACUCCUGCAUCUCCAGACAGGGAGUCCUUAAAAGAUGAGAAGCCCAUCCUCCUACAACAGGUCUCUAGUGAACAGGUUGCAGUGUGUUCAAAUGGAGUGCAGACAUCACCACCUAAAAAAGAAUCUCCCAACUCAGGGUGCGGGCCUUGCAGUCCUGUUCCCAGCCUCAACUUUGAGAACAAUGCAAACGCUCGUACUGCGAGCGUUAGCAGCAGCUGUCCAAACACCCCCCCCACUGCCCUGACCACAUCAGACCAACAGUUGUUACAGAGGUGCCAGCAUUGUGAUGUUCACUUCGCAGACAAUAUCCUCUAUACCAUUCACAUGGGCUGUCAUGGCUAUGAAAAUCCAUUCCAGUGCAACAUCUGUGGACACAUGUGCAUAGACAAAUAUGAAUUUGCAUGCCAUUUUGCCCGUGGCCAACAUAAAAAGUGAUUCCUUGCAACGUCCUAUAGACGCCAAUAGAAUCACCGAUCCCUGUGGUUUUGCUGUAUUCCUUGUACCUCAUUUAAACAUAAUGACACUGAUUUACUUUUUAUAUUUUUGUUAUAAGGUUACCUUUUUUUUUAUUAUUAUUAUUUUACACUCAUUAACUCCACUAUAUUGAUGCCUUACUGAAGUUCUACAUGACUCCCAAUGUUCAACUUUUCAUUUCAGUUUGGAACAGACAAAAGCACAGGAACAUCUUGCAGUCAGUGUUAGUUAAGACCUUCUGACCCGACUUUCUAAUGCAGCUGCUUGUGUUUGGCUUUUCACUGAUUCUGAGCAUUCACUUCUCAUCACUUUACAAUGAGUUAUCACAUUUUCACUCGGAGCUUAUAGUAAGUCACAGUUACACAGGCAGCUAUUUAUGACACAUUUCAAAUAAAAUACCAACAGUAUUUAAAAGCUAAUAACAUUAUGAGCAUCACCAGCUCUGUAUGAGCUGCUGGUCUGUUAAAACUGUCAUGUUGACCACCUUCUGUGUGUCACUUAUUAUGCUAAUUAUACCACCACUUACACCUCAGUUAAAUAAUCUGGACAUAUUUUCACUGUGAGCAAAUUAAGUGGGAUGUUCAGGGACUAACAGUCUAAUUGGCUCAUAUUUUGCUGAAAAUUUAAGGCAGCCAGACUCAUUAUAAUCCUGCUUGCUGUUCUAAUAUUUAUUUAUACCUCACUCUACAUACUGUAGAAGGUGUCCCGCCAAAUCAAUCAGUAAUAUUUCAGAUGGAUUUCAAUAUUGCUUUUGUUACUGAGUUAUACCUUUGAAACCUCUUUCUACAAGUAUUUAUAAAUUGUCUUGAGUAGUUUUCAUGGUACUAUAUAUACCAGUUUUUAGUACAAAAUCAAGUUUUACCGUAGCGAAUUCUUAAUUGCGUAGUAGCUGCUGCUGAGGUAUUGUAAAGAUCCAGGAUAACCCUGUGACUCAGCGAUAUGAUGUGAAAUAACUUUACCUUUUAAGUAGUACAUUUUGAUUUUGUGUAAAUCUUUGUCUAAAGUAAAGGCUUAUUUUAUUGGCUAACUUAGCUGUAUUGUAUGUGGUUAUCUUAUAGGAAUUUGAGAUUAAUCAUCUUUUGUCCCUUUUAAUCUUAAUUACAUCAUGUGUAUCCUGACGAACAAGUUAAAAAUGUUAUUCCAUAUGUACAGAAAUCAUGUACAUGACCAUUACAUGGUAGAUUAAUCUGAGCUUGAUGUGAGUUCUGAGGAUUUUUUUUUUAAAUUUCUAAAUAAAAUGACAAAAAUACCUUUUACAAGAGUUUGUUUCACUUAGUGCCAU